AUGGCAGUAUCCCGAAUGACCCUGGCCGACAGAUACAGUGGAAAGGACGUGAGACUACAGACUGGCCGGGAGUAUGGCCACGCGCUGAGUUUGACCAAGGUGACCAUCCGUGACACAGCUGCGAGCAUCCAAGAUGAGACGGUGCUGGCAGUCUGGCUGCUCGGACUCUACGAGAUGGUCAGUGUUGUGCUGAUGCACGGGCGAACAACCCCGGAAUCUCGGUCGCUGGAGGAAGAGUGGCAGUCUCAUCUAUUGCACGUCAGGGGUGCCAUGAACUUGUUGCGUCUUCGAGGACUGUCGCAAUUCACAACGGCCCGGGGAGAGAAAAUCUUCCGUCUUUUCAAAGCCGCCAUUCAAAUGAGGCUUUUUAUAUUGAACUCUGUCGUCUCCAAAGACUUUGACAAUCUCGAAAUCGACGUCUACCAGGAUGAGCAUGAGUUUGUGCCCUCCCAGACCGCGAACAAGGCCACUGCGUACUUCCAUCGCGUUGCUCGACUGCUGGAAAAAAUCAAGCAAUAUCUGGGUCGAAGUCCUGCUCAGAGAGCCAUGGGUAACGCCUCGGCCGAUGUGUUCUUGAAAUAUGGCGAAACCCUGGAUGAAAGCAUGGCUGACUGGAGCAAAGACGAACCAGGAUGGGAUAUGAUGGGUGUACGUGCCACGACAGCCGGCACUAUGUGGGCACUCUACCCAUCUCACGCUCUCUACUACUUCUACAGCUUCUGGGUUUUCUUAUAUUGGCUGAGAUUCCUGGCGGCCCGGUAUAAGCUGUACGAGGCUCUGAUCGAACUCCUGAAGCUUCGCAACAAACACACUCCCUCUGCGCCCACCAAUCAACAGAUUUCUAAAUAUCAAGCGAUAAUUCGAACGACUGCCACGGAGCUCAUUGGUCUGACAGCAUAUGCCUUGGGUGAUGUGACUCCUACUGGAGACUUCCAUUCAUCGGUGUCCGGUCAUCAUCCGAGAAUGGGCUUCCAGGAAAUCAACGUUGUUGCGGCCAUGCAACUGGUGCUUCCCCUCAAGAUGUUGCAGCGAUCAGAACAUCUCACUGCCACCCAAAAAGGAGCGGUUGACCUUGCUAUUUCCCACAUCGGCGAUGGGUUCCGGCGGCAGCCCUUGAUGUUGUAUUGA